AUGCACCGAUCAUCCAACCCUUGCCCGAGUGGGAACAAAGGACCUAAAUACCGCAAGUCACGAGGAGGGGGAUCGUCAUUUCCCACGGAAAAGGCCAAGCAGGUUCGCCGGACGCCUACAUACAAAGUGGGCUACUUGGCGUGCCGCGUACUCAAGAGGCAAAUCCUGAGGGAAACCGAUCGCAUGAGUCCUUCCAUGGACAUGAAACCACUAUCUGAAUCCGUCUCCCCGGUCGUCUGGACCGUUUUGCCGAUCGAAGUGAAAAUGAGCCCGAGCCCGCAGGGUGAUACAAUCUUCUACUUGCAUACUGCGCACAAACUUUCCGUUCGGAGAUGGCGGACCACGCCUUGGUUCAACUGCUUCUACGGCCUCCGCAGAUUCUUCAUCAAAGGAAUCGAGAAAGUGCCAAACUACAUUAACGGUGUGUCGUUGGGUCACUUGUUUCGUGUCCGGACUUGGAACGAAUGGUCUGGCCGUGUCUUUUUGGAUAUGAGAUGGCUUUACCUCGAAUUCUUCGAAAAGAAGACGCGCUGGCUAUUCGAUGAUGUUACUUGUGAAGACGGACGUCUGCAACUUCUUUAUGUCAACAUCGAACGAUAUACUAUAGGGGGUGUGAUGGCGUUGGCGUGGAGCAUAAAGGGUCGUCCGUCCCGCGAGGUCCAAGAGGGAAUGUUCUCAUAUACAUCUCACCUCCAGCAUUCUUUCCAAUAAUGAACUGGCAUUCCACGUAGACCGAGCUGUGUGGCCAGUAGGAUGCUUCUUUGAUAAUCCUGUGAAUAAACCCUGCAGGG